AUGUUGGCGUCAGAUACAGAGUAUGUUACUCUUGUAUCGUCAGACAAGUUCAAGUUCAUUAUACCCAAAGAAGUUGCGUCAAUAUCAUCUGUCUUGAGAAAUUCACAAGGAUUUGAAGAAGGGAAAACUGGAAAAAUAGAUCUAGAUAUGGAUGGCGAUAUAUUAGAGUGUAUAACUGAGUAUUUGUAUUAUCAUUUCAAGUAUAGGGAUCAAGUUGAGAGUGGAAAUAUCCCAGAGUUUCAUAUACCUACGCAUCUAGCGUUGGAGUUGCUAGUUAAAGCUGAUUAUUUAGAUAUAUGA